UGUAGAUGAAUUCGUCUUGUGUCAUACGAUUCGACUUGUAGAAUAAUACGCUGCGUUUUUAAUAUCUAUUUUUGGUAAAUUUAUGUUUGUAUAAUUUACAAACUAAAAAAUAGUUUUACUUAGAAAACUUUAAGGGUUGCUAGUGCUUAAAAGAAAAUAUGUGAAUACGUAUUACUUAAUACAAAACUGGAUUUUUAAAUAAAAGUAGAAGUGAAUCGAUAAGAAAGGCGUAGUGAAUUUGGAGCAAAGUUCAAGUAGUGUGUACAUUAGUUGACUGCCACGGAAGCUCUAAACAACAAGUCAUGGUCGACAACGGGGGUGCUACCAAUAAUUUCCGUAGCCCUGUACUGGUUGAGUCGAAUCUAAUACCUCCAGCAGGAAUGACAGGUAGCGGAGGUGGUGGUACAAUGGGAGGAAGCAUCGACACACAACUACGUACACCAUUCGCUGGUAAUGUUCGUUCCUUACCACCACCCCUGCCACUGUCACCUUAUGGUCCAACUAAUGGUGCCUAUGGUGCUAACAGCGGUUUUGGCGCAUACGGUGGUUAUGCAGGCUACAAUAGUUUCGGUAACGGUUUUGGCUCGUACGGCGGUUACGGUAGCGGAUUUGGUUCAUAUGGUGGCUACGGUAGUAAUUUUGGCAGCGGGUUCAAUCGGUUCGGCAUGGGAGGCAUGAACCCCAUGGAUCCUGAGUCGCGUUUCAUACAAUUAGCUGAGGCUAGCUCACGACCAGCCUUUGAGAGUAUUGAAUCAUUAGUUUCUGCUAUCGGAAAUAUUGCUGCUAUGCUGGAUUCCACAUUUUUCGCAAUCACCAGUUCAUUUCGCGCUAUAUUAGGUGUGGCAGCGAAUUUUGGACGCUUGCGCGGUGUAUUCGCACAGUUUUGGCAAACAUUUGCAAUAAUUCGUGGUUUAACAUGGAUAUAUAAGAAAAUACUUUACUGGCUUCGCUUAUCGGACAUGGAUCCAUCAACUGAAAAGUUCAAGCAGGCAUUUGCUGAAGCUCUUAACGACUCGUCAAAACAAUCCGAAGCCCCUAAACUGCCACGAAAAGGUCAAUCCCCAUGGCCGGUGUUGGCCUUUAUAAGUUUUAUAUUCACUGCACCUUAUCUUAUAAUGAAACUCUUGGGCACUGUAACAAAUACAGCACAAGAAGAAGCACGUAAUCCGACCAAAUGGGUGAAUCCUAUUGAGACGAUUGCAAUGUAUGAUUUCCAAGCACGAAAUUCCACUGAGUUGACCAUAAAAUGCAAUCAACCGUUAUUAAUUGCACCGAAGGAGAUACAGAAUACGCUGGGCAUGCUAAAUACUGGUUGGGCAAUGGCUAGCAGCAUAGAUUAUCAAAAUGUUGGCAUUAUACCGAUCAAUUAUGUUAAGAGCCCACAACAGUUGCGUGAAGAACAACAGCAACAACACAUGCGGCAGCAGGAGUUUAUGAUGUCAGACGUGGCUCAGGCAGCAGAGCCAACAAUAAACAGCGAACCGCAACCAGCGUUAAUGAAUCUAUCAGCGUCGUCGUUCCCAGCACCACCUACACUUCAUCAGAAGGGUAAUGUCGCAAAUACGCCUGAUUUCGACAUCGCAUCACAGCCUUUUGGGCCGCCUAACACAGCCGCAAUGUUAGCUACGAGUGGCAGCAGCGAAGCAUAAUAAUUCCAAUAAAUGGACUGUGCUGCCGGUAGCAGUAUUGAAUUUACUAUAAUAUUAAGACUACUAAAUUUCUAUACGUGCAUUGUUUUCUUUAAUUGGUUAGGUGUAUUAAUUUAUAGGUUAAGCUGCAAAAUUGUGUCUGGUAUUUUAAUUUUCGCCGUUUGCAACUUAAAUGGGUGUUUGAGAGAAAAGGAACGAAAAUAUACAUGCAUAUGUAUAUAAGAGUAACAUCUUUUGUUUUAUAUGUAUAUUUUCUUGGUUUGUGCAUGUGUUAGUUCAUUUAAAUUAUUCCCCGAAAACAAUUACAUAUAUUAUUUUUAAGUUAAUUUAGAUAAUAUAUUAAAAAUACAUUUAUACUGAAGAAUAAUUUACUGAA